GGAAACACGGCGCGGUGACAGCUGGGUAAAUUCACCCGACAUCCAGGAAGAAAACCAACCGAAGCUCAGUCUACUCUGCAGCCUGCACACCCUGAGAGAGAACACGGACCAAAUCAUUGCUCGACCCGGUUAGCAGGUAUGGCGGCAGAGUUGGCAAGUCUGGUGCAGCGGCUGGAGGUGGCGGUUGGCCGUCUGGAGGCCGUGUCGGGUCCAGGAAGCAGCACCGGAGGUUCUGCUGGGGGAGCCGUGGCGGCGUUCGUCGGGGCUUAUGAUGAGAUCAUUAAUGGUCCCAUGGCUCAGUACGUCAACCUCAGCCAGAAGAUUGGAGGAGACGUCCAGAAACACGCAGAGAUGAUGAAGAAAGCCUUCUCCAGCCAGAGACAGCUUCUCAUCACAGCUUCAUCCUCCCAGAAGCCCUCAGACUCGGUUCUGGCGACUCUCCUGCAGCCCGUGUCCAAAGCUAUCCAGCAGGUUCAGGCGUUCCGGGAGCAGAACCGGACCUCUCCGCUCUUCAACCACCUCUCUGCCAUCAGCGAGAGCGUUCCCGCCCUGGGAUGGGUUGCCAUGGCUCCAAAGCCGGCUCCCUUCGUCAAGGAGAUGCAGGAUGCUGCCAUGUUCUACACGAACAGAGUCCUCAAGGACUACAAGGAGAAGGAUCAGACACAUGUGGACUGGGUGAAGGCCUACGUCUCCAUCUGGACUGAGCUGCAGAACUACAUCAAACAACACCACACCACCGGACUGACCUGGAGUAAAACCGGUCCCGUUGCUUCAGCCUCUGCUGCUCCACCUAGCGCUCCUGCUGGUGGAUGUCCUCCACCUCCCCCUGGACCUCCUCCUCCACCCGAGGAGCUGAGUGGAACUGCUGCAGUUGGUGGCGACGGUGGAGCCAACAGCCGGAACGCCCUGUUUGCUGCCCUCAACCAGGGUUCAGGCAUCACCAAAGGCCUGAAGCACGUCAGCGACAGCGAUAAGACCCACAAAAACCCGGCUCUGAGGGGUCAGGGGGCUCCUGUUCGUACCGGACCCAAACCGUUUACUUCCUCCUCCCCCCGACCCGCUGUUUCUACCACCCCGAGCCGCAAGCUGCCUCCUGUGCUGGAGCUUGAGGGGAAGAAAUGGAAAGUGGAGAACCAGGAGGGAGCUCAGGGUCUGGUGAUCAGCAACACGGAGCUGAAGCAGGUGGUUUACGCCUUCAAAUGUAACCAGAGCACCCUGCAAGUCAAAGGCAAAAUCAACUCCAUCACCAUCGACAGCUGUAAGAAGAUGGGUCUGGUGUUUGAUGAUGUCGUGGGCAUCGUGGAGGUCAUCAACUGCAAGGACGUGAAAGUUCAGGUCAUGGGGAAGAUCCCGACCAUCUCCAUCAACAAGACGGAUGGCUGCCAUGUUUACCUGAGCAAAGACUCCCUGAGCUGCGAGAUCGUCAGCGCCAAGAGCUCCGAGAUGAACAUCCUGGUGCCCAACAAGGACGGAGAGUUUACGGAGCUUCCUGUUCCCGAACAGUUCAAGACCAUCUGGGAUGGCCAGAAGCUCGUUACCACAGCAACUGAGAUCGCCGGAUAGACGAGGCUCCUCCUCCUCACCACCCCACCUUGACUGAUCAACCCCGCCCACCAGCUAAUGUCACACUGUAGACUGAGAUUCAGACCUCAUGAGUUAACCCCGCCCCAUGCCUCAUCAGCCAAUCACAGCUGCAGCUGACCCUUCAUUAGCCAAUGAGAGGGCUGCUCACGCUCUAUAGCAGAUCCUCUAGCCAAUCAGCAGUGAACAGCUAAACUGAGAGCAUAGAUUAGAUUCUCAGCAGCCAAUCAGUCUCCUCUGUCAGGAUGUUUCCUUGUUUUCCGCUUCUUUUCCUCCACUCCAGGCUUCAGUUUUACUAUUAUGCAAUUUACUGUUAGGAAAACAAACCAAAAGCAUCAUAUCACAUCUGCUGCUGAGGUUCUAACAAUCCAAAUCAACUGGGAACAAUUAGAAUUCCAGGUUUUCACUUCAUUGCACACAGGACAUUCCCAAGUGUUAGAAACAUUCCAUGUCAGAAAGUCAGAGACGGAAAGCUGCACCUUGAUUCACCUGGAAGUCUGUAAUCAAAUCUGUAAAAAUGUGCUCUACAUUUUUGUUUCUUCACUUUAUUUUUGGGUCCAAACUGAAAUGUUCUCAUCAGUGCUGAGUCAUUAAAACGUUGCAAUAAAACUA